CUGGCUUCAGACCCUGCCCGCCAGGCCCAGCGCUGCGCGCAGCCCCAGCGAGAGCAUGGGCGGCGCCCGGGACGUGGGCUGGGUGGCGGCGGGCCUGGUCCUUGCGGCCGGUGCCUGCUAUUGCAUUUACAGGCUGACGCGGGGCCAGCGGCGAGGUGCCCGUCGGGUUGGACUGCGCCCCUCGCGGUCCGCAGAAGACUUAACCAAUGGCUCAUAUGAUGAUAUCCUAAAUGCUGAGCAACUUCAGAAACUCCUGUACCUGCUUGAGUCAACUGAAGAUCCUGUCAUCAUCGAAAAAGCUUUGGUCACUCUAGGUAACAAUGCAGCCUUUUCAGCCAACCAAGUCAUUAUUCGUGAAUUGGGUGGUAUUACAAUUGUCGGAAGCCAAAUCAAUAAUCCCAACCAGAGUAUUAAAGAGAAAGCUUUAAAUGCACUGAAUAACCUGAGUGUGAAUGUUGAAAAUCAAAUCAAGAUUAAGGUGUACGUUAAUCAAGUCUGCGAGGACGUCUUGUCUGGUCCCCUGAACUCGGCCGUGCAGCUGGCUGGACUGAGGCUGUUGACAAACAUGACAGUUACCAAUGACCACCAGCACAUGCUGAGCACCUACAUUGCAGACCUGUUCCACGUGUUGCUCACGGGAAAUGGAAGCACCAAGGUUCAAGUUUUGAAACUGCUGUUGAAUUUGUCUGAAAACCCAGCCAUGACAGAUGGACUCCUUGGUGCCCAGGUGGAUUCAUCAUUCCUUUCCCUUUUCGAUGGCCACGUAGCAAAGGAAAUUCUUGUUCGAGUUCUCACACUGUUUCAGAAUAUAGAUAACUGCCUCAAAAAGGAAGGUCGUUUAGCUCUUCAGCCAGCUUUCCCUGAAGGUUCUCUGUUUUACCUGUUAUAUGGAGACGAAUGUGCCCAGAAAAUGAGAGCGUUAGUUUAUCACCAUGACGCGGACGUGAAGGAAAAGGUAACGAUGAUACCAAAAUUCUAAUUGGUCGGUCGUGUUUUUCCAGGAAGUAGUGCAGUCUAGAAGUAAUACACAUAAACUUCUCAUCUUUCACCUUCCUUACAAAGAGAUUCUUGCGAUUGCUGAAAUUAAACCAGUAAAUAGCAUGUUUCAUCAUUAACACAGCUACUACCUGCCAUGGUCUUCUGGUUUAUUCUGGAUCAUUUUAUUGACUUCAAAUGAGUAUAAGAGCUUAUUCUCAAACCAUUUUCUUUCUUUGUAUUUUGCUUUUUGCUAAACUAGUUAUUUCCUCUACAUGGCACAACAGUGACCCUUUUAUGUAUAGCUACGCUUCCACUGUUGGAAGUGAUCUGCAGUUACUCAUCUGGGACAGCAUUAGCACCAUCCUAGGAAUGGCUUUGUUCUUUUAGUAACGAUGAGAUCUGUACUUGCAAGCCCACCUGCCACACUGCUUUCAAGUCUGUUCUAAUCAUGAGACCCUAUUUUAGCCCAUGCAAACUGUAACCUGUUAGAAGUGUUUCCUAGUACUCACCCACUCCCAUUCAGUGUGAUUUGUAUAACAUACUGGGAUCAGUCAAAAUCCAUCCAGAGGCAAUUGGUUAAAUCAGUUAUCUAGUCUUUAAAAAGAAUGAAGCAAGUUUGAAUGUGCUGAUGUGGAAAGACAUCCAUGAAAUAUGGUUGUUUUUAAAAUACAUGUAAAAAAACUGUGUAAUGUGACCCCAUGUGUGUUUUUUUUAAGUGAAGAAAAUUAUGCUUAUAUAUGAAUGACACAAGUGUUCUGUCCAUAUAUAAGUGUCUUGGUAUAUGGAGAGUGAUACCACCCUCCUGGGAAUAGGGCUGGAGAGGGAGGAAGUAACUUUUCUAUGAUCAACAACUUCUACUGUUUGAAUUUUUUACUCUGAGCAGAAAUUUUUAUACUUUUUUAAAUAAAGAAAAAAAGUCUCAAGUUUA